ACAGAGUAAAGUAAGAUUUUAAGCAAAGAAGCAAGAACUGUUCAUUGCCUUAGCAAAUUUUCAACGUUGUCAGAAUGGAAGACAUGGUAAGAGCGGAAAAUCCCGUGGGCCAAACAGACAAGAGACAACAGAUUCUAAACACAAAUCCAUGUACCACUGAUUGCCUUUCAAGUCCAUUGACUCCAAAAUCCUUUCUAAUUUUUCUGUCUUAUAAAUAAAACUCCUGCCCUGUUUCCUACAAGGUCAGGAAGAAACAAAACCAGAGCUCCCUAUGCAUUCAUAGCUUCACUGAAUUUUGCCUGUUACGAUGUCUACCUCUCGCAUUUUUGAUGAUUAUACUCCUAAAAUGAAAACCAAAAGCAGAGCUUACCUGUACUGGAACUACUCCAGAGCAAAGCUUGGCUUUCCUGCUGUUUUUCUCUUCUGUUUUCUAUUCUUUAUCGCUGGCUUCCUCAGUUCAAGCCUUCGCUCUCAGUCUCAGAAGGAGGUUUCUGGAGUUAGGCAAAGAGGGAGACAGCUCGACUCGGUGGAGUAUGACUUGAUGGCACAUGGAAAAACUGGAGAUGAUUCUAUUUCUAUUAUUCCAUUUCAGGUUAUAAGUUGGAGGCCGCGUGCUUUUUAUUUUCCAAAAUUUGCAACUCCAGAGCAAUGCCGACACAUAAUUAACAUGGCAAGGUCAAACCUUGAACCCUCCAAAUUGGCUUUGCGGAAGGGAGAAUCAGAAAAGCCGCAGAAUGUUAGAACAAGCAUGGGCACGUUUCUUAGUGCUUCUCAAGAUGGUACUGGGGUUUUGGAUGCCAUUGAAGAAAAAAUAGCAAGGGCCACAAAGCUUCCAAGGACACACUAUGAGGAUUUCAAUGUGUUGCGCUAUGAGCUCGGACAAAAAUAUGAUUCCCAUUUAGAUGCGUUCCCUCCUGAACACUAUGGCCCACAGAAGAGCCAAAGGGUUGCUACCUUUUUGGUGUACUUAUCAGAUGUUGAAGAAGGAGGGGAAACUGCAUUUCCAUAUGAGAAUGGCUUGAGCAUGGAUGGAAGUUUUGAUUUCAAAAAAUGUAUUGGUCUGAAAGUGAAGCCACGCAUGGGGGAUGGAUUUCUAUUUUAUUCCUUGUACCCCAAUAAUACAAUCGAUCCAAUAUCACUUCAUGGGAGCUGUCCAGUAAUCAAAGGGGAAAAAUGGGUGGUUACAAAGUGGAUCAGGGAUCAGCAAAGUCCUUUUUAGGUUUCUGUCUAUGAUAGUUCGUGAUAAUUUUGCUUUGAUCUGCAUUCGGCACUGGGCAUCCCGUCCUACCCCAUCCAUUAGGUUUUCUAAUUAGUCUCAAUAAGAAAAAUUCUCAUUCAAUUGUUGGAAAAAGAAGAAUCAGUUUAUACAGAUUUCAUUUGUACAUAAACAUAAUAGCAAAACAAAAAUAACAAUAGUAUUUGCAGAAGUAGACAGAUUUCAUCCAUCUUUUGAUAAUUUCAAUUGAUUAAGACUUGCUAUAGAAAUACAGUAGGAGAAUAUAAUUUCAUAAUCCAUUCAGCCAACUGGAUCUUUUCCUGUGACCAAUACAAUGCAGUCUAUUUGGACGACUCCAAUGCCUUAAAAGUAAAUCAGGGAAUGCUUUCUUAUAUUUUAUUCUGUCAGCCGUGAGUCAAAGGAUAUAACAAGGCACAAGCUUCUUAUCUUCCUACUUUAGACAAGCUUUAAACUACAACAGAUAAAACCCAGAAAAAGGAUAAUCAAACUCAGUUUCAAACAAAACAAGAUUCUGAAUGAAUCUUGUCACGCCUCAGGCUUUUGCAAUUCUAUUAAUAUAAACUCCUAAAACACAAAUCUCAACCUUCUUAACAUUCAAGAGGCACACUGCUGCAUUAACCCACCUUUGAACUGCACCUUUCUCGUUAGCGGAUUUCUUGAGCAUAAGUCCUCCUAUCAUUCCCGGCCGAUUACUGAACUUGUGGAGCAGAAUCAAAACUGGUUGUAAAACAAGUUGAAAUGUAUUGGCCAAAACUUACAGGGGAAUUCAAUGGUCAACUGUUACUGGCUGACCACCACAUCGCUUGUAGUGUAGUUUCUCAGAAGACAUCCAACGAGGUUAUCACUAUAACUUAGGUAAUCCAUGAAACUUGGACUUCAUAUAGGUUCUUCUCUUUGUCCUUUUUGCGUAUGUUGAAUGCCUCCCAACAUAUGCUUCACCAUCAAUUUGAAGGUCCAGGAUAAUGUUCUGUUUAAUCAUUCACUUCGAUCAGUGGCUAUGA